AUGCCUCGCUCAGAGUUUCGUGAGCUCUUUUCUGAAAUGCACGGUGUCAACUACGCCUCUCUCGUCCCUUCUGAAUCGGACGUCUUGCCCCCUUCCAUAACCAAGAAAGACAUCGCUUCCUUUCUGCAAGGUGAAAUGCAAGUCUCUCUUCAGGUGACUGGCAUUUUCUCUAAAGAUCUCACCGACCGCGACGAUGUUAUCGUUGCCGUUCUCUCGCUGCUUCUCCUUCUGACCAUAGAAGGAGUUGUAACUGGCUUCUUGUUACGAACGAGGGAAGGUGCCGUCUCCACUUUCAGCUUCUCUAUCAACCACCUAUCAAACCUUGCACGUGAAUUCAAACUCAGAUCUCUCUUCCGAGUCAAGAGUCAGAGAGGCCUGACUGUUCGGCUUGUUUUCGUUGCGCUAUUCGUUUUCACUGCAUCAUUCGGUCUUGAAGUUUUGGUAUUGUUUUUAACAAACCCAGAAGAACGGGAAGUUCUCAAUGACGUCGCCACCUUCCGAAUUGUCGAACCGCUAAAUCCGAAUUUUGACCCUAUAUACCAGGCAGCGAAAACCAGCAUCAACCCUCCUUGCACCAGCGUAUCUCUGCAGGGUGUUGUCCAGAGCAACACUAUCCUUAGCACAUGCGUCACGGCUACUGUGAACCGUAAUACAGACUCUUUUCAGAGUGUCACUGACCCGGUCGAUGUGGAAAUUCGGUCAGAUCUUCACCGGUUUGGCAGCAACCAUUUUCUCAGAAUUGGGAGCGAGAAUAACAACUACUCAGCGAAGGCUUACUUCAGACUCGGGAAGUUUGGAGAACGUAUUAGCGAUGCCUUUGAAACAAGUGGAAAAGGGCGUCUCAUGAGCAAGUCUGACAUGAGCGCUUCCCGAGAGAGAACAAUCAGUGCGGUCCACAGACAAUUUGUUGCUUUCUUGUUUUCCACCUAUCGAUUAAGCACAAAAGACGACAGUAUGAAUGUGAAGCGCCUGAACGAAAUCGAUUUCACUUUUGAUGUCUCAGAAGGUGAUGGAGUGGAUGUGGUUGUCGUCAAUCGAGAGAAACGGUUACUGAAAGUACCCUCACGGCGAUACACAACGAGGUUUACGGCAGUGUCACCCCGAGGCAACGCAGCAAUGAAUUUCGCGGAUACGUUUUUCAAAGGCUCUAUUGGGAUGGCUGUUGUUGGGCCAAACACGCGAGAUUUGAUGCUCCCAAGCGGAAGCACGAUUGAGAACAAGGGUGUGAUAUGGCGGGAGAAGUUUCGUGUGCUAAACUGGUUAUCGCUGACUUUCAUUUUGUUGGCGGCGUUCUCUCUGCUCAUGUAUCUCCGGCAUUCACUUAAACCAGUGGUGAUGGCGGAAAUGGCUGGCCUCUAUGUGUCGGAGGCUCUGGGAAUCUCAGAAGCAGCGGCUCCGUUUGAGUUGAUGGAGCGAGAUGACUUCUUUGACGUAUCAUGGGAACCUGGUCCUCUACUAAGUCGAGACGGUUUGGGCGAACCAGAAACUCGUGCGAGGAGGCUGCACCGAAUUUUCAGCGGCAGAACAGGAAGGGAGAGUUCUUCACAACUUUUACCAGCAUAG